CUGAGACACAUAGUAAUAUCAUACCUCCCUAAUCAGAUCAGAAGCUCCACUUACUUCUUUGACUUAUUGAUUUGUCUCCUUCAUGGCACAAAGCUCAGGGCCUUGCAAUCAGUAAUUGCUUGGCUAAUAUCUGUCUAUUUAUUAAUGUGCUUAAUGGAACUUGAGACCAUGAAAGUAGAAUUUGAAAAACAUUUCUGAUAGUCAGAUAUGCUUCUUUUCAUCUUCUGUCAAUAGGGGAGGACUGUGAAAUGAAAUGGGUGGGGUUGAUAAAAAAUCAUCAUAUUAAAAACAAAUCCUUAGUUAGUAUGCACUGUAUGCCAGAUGCUGUGGUAAGUGAUAUAUGUUCAUUACAUUUCUUAAUCUCAGCUUUUCCCCCACAAAAGGAUCAGAGAGAAGUUGCAAAAUGCUUGCAAUAGGAUCAAAUAAAUAGAUGAAGGCAUUGUAGCAAAGGGAAUAUAUCUGGUUUAAGUCAGAAAAAUCCUGGGUUUAGUUAUUACCCAAAAUGAAUGUUCUAAGGAUCCUCUGUUGGUAGUGAGACACAAAUUUGGCUCUAAGCUUCCUAGUGUUUAUGGCAAAAACAGAUACACAAUCAACUAUAACACCUACACACUAAGAUAAAGACAAACCAGCUAUUUGAAGGUAGCACUCACAAAUGUUGAAUCAAACCAUUUCUUCUUACAAUUCUCAACAUAGGCCAUUCUCAUCUUGUGGAAGAGCAAAAUGGUAAAAUCCAUUCUAGGAGGAGGCAGACUAUUGGGUUUAAGUAUGCAGUUGAGUUUGGCUUAACUUAUGCUAUCUAAGAGCUGGAUGGACUGUACAUGUUUCAGAAAAAAUUCUCUAUAAAUGUUAUUUCUCAUAACCACUGUAUCAUACUAUCCGUGCCAGACAAUUAUCCUUCCCCUUUCAACUAAAACCUGCAUAGGUGUUUUGGUAUAACUCUUACUAACAUCCUAUAGAACUAGCAUGCGAGGAAUAGUCUUUGGAAAACCUAGUCCUGUAGGCAAUAUGGAACUUUAAAAACUGACUUUUCCAUGGGGAAAAUGAAAUCCAAACUCCUUUGGGUAUGGUCACAAAAGCACCAUAAACCAUAUAUGGUGCUUUUCACAACCUGACCUCAACCUGCUUUCUAGACCAAAUUUAUUGUCCUCCUUUUAGCACCUUCAUGCUUCCUUCAAACCAAACUAUACAGAAUCUCAAGAAAAUACUCAGUGCUUUUACUCAUUGAAGCCUCAUAGUCACUUCCUAGAAAUCCCUCUUCUCUUUCCUUUCUCCCCUUGUUUCUCUACCUAGUGGAUCUUGAAGGGCAUCACCUUUCCUGCAAACCCUGAUUCCAUCUAACAAUCUUCCCCUUUACUACAUUCCUAUAGCACCUUGCUUAUAUCAUAUCUUAUUAUCCUCCUUUGUUAGCAUCUCUGAUUUUUCUGCCAAACUCUGAGCUCCUCCAGGGUAGAAUGUGUCUUAUUUACCUUUGUAUCCCAGCAAUGGGGACAUAGUCCGACCUGAAUUCAUUUCAGCAAGUAUUUAUUGAGUGCUUCCUGGUCUCACAAAGCAAGUUGGGACAAUUCUCAUUCUAAGAUGCUACAUAAAAAAACGUGUUACUCCACAGGUGACCCACAUAUAUUUCCAUUAUUCUCUGAAGCCAUUUGGUGCUAUGCAGAUUGAUUAUUCAAUAUUAUUUGGUAUAGAAAAGGCUAAUCUAGUAAAUGGGUUGAACUACAAACUGAGUUCACUAAACUCUUUUUUCCCUAACUCAGUAUUUUCCAGAUUUGAAAAGCUCCAAAGGAAGCUGCACCUGUAUGUUGCCAUUUAUUCCAAGUGUUUUCUCUUUUUGUGUAACAUCUGUCAUGCCAAAGAACUUUGCUUGUAUUUGGCAUGUGCAUGAAUCACUUCAUCCACCAAGAAAAUGUACAGCCCUUACAAGUAAAACAGAGCAACUAUCCCAGGAGACCUUGACAGUAUUACAGCAGAGCUAGGAGGUGGGUCAGAAAGAAAAAAAAAAUGACUUCUUAAUGGCUUGACAUGAAUAGGACAUUUAAGAACUAAAUUACCAAAUUUUACUGUCAUUGAAAGGACCUAUUUGGGUAAAGGUCACAGUAAGUAUUGUGCAAAUCUAAUCUUAUUUCUGGACUUCAAAAAUCUUUUAAUCAUCCAUCUAUCACAAAAGGUAAUAUUAUAGACAUUCAGAGCCACAUAAGCACUGCACAAAUAUGAGAUAUUUUCAUAAAUGGAAUUUCAAAAAUGUGUUGAGCAAUGGAAGCAUUUCAGAUAUAGAAAUUGGAAACAGUAUUUGAAAAGUUACUUUACAUCAGUUUGCCUGUGGUUAAUAUUAACCAGUCCAACAAGGUAAUGCCAUGAUGGGAGGGGGACAAAUCUUGAGGAAGAAAUAUUAUCAUCUUGCAAAGUAUCUGCCUCAAGAGAUACCUCUGUAAUAUUUUUAGGCAAAGAAUAAUGAACUAAUUCAGGACAUAAUGUACCCAAAACCAAAAGACCUCUCUGACAGCACUUAAAGAGACCCUUUAUUACUAUAGGCAGAAGGCCUAUUGGCUUAAAAAUUAGUCCCAGGACCUAACUGAGAGAGAGUCAAAUUAUAGAGAAGGCUCAAUUUGAAGUUCUACUAAAUCUCAAAUUGUGUAGUCUUUAGGUUUUUCCAGAUAUUAGAUCGUAUUAUCUACAAACAAAGAUAAUUUGACUUCUUCCUUUCUAAUUUACAUGCCCUUUCUUUCUUUCUCUUGUCUGUUUGCUCUAGCUAGGUCUUCCAGUACUAUGUUGAAUAACAGUGGUAACAGUGGGCAUUCUUGCCAUGUUUCAGAUUUUAGAAGAAAGGCUUUCUGUUUUUCCCCAUUCAGUAUGACACUAGCUGUGGGUAUAUCAUAUAUGGCUUUUAUUAUGUUGAAGUAUGUUCCUUCUAUACCCAGUUUUUAUGUUUUUUUUUAUCAUGAGGGAUGUUGAAUUUUAUCAAGUACCUUUUCAGCAUCAGUUGAAAUUAUCCUAUGGUUUGUGUUCUCCAUUCUGUUGAUAUAAAAUAUAUUACAUUGAUUGAUUUAUGUAGGUUUAACCAUCCUUGGAUACCUGGGAUAAAUCAUGCUUCGUCAUGAUGAAUGAUCUUUUCAAUGUGUUGUUGAAUUCAGUUUUCUAGUAUUGUGUUGAAGAUUUUUCCAUCAAUAUUCAUCAGGGAUAUUGGCUUGUAGUUUUCUUUUUUUGAUGUGUCUUUGUCUGGUUUUGGUAUCCUGGUCAUACUGGCCUCGUAGAAUAACUUUGAAAUUAUUCCUUCCUCCUCUAUUUUUUGGAAUAGUUUAAAGAGGAUUGGCAUUAGUUCUUCUUUAAAUGUUCAGCAGAAUUCAGCAGUGAAGCCAUCGGGUCCUGGCCUAUUUUUACUGGGAGACUUUUUAUUAUGGCUUUGAACUCAUUAUGUGUUAUUGGUCUGUUCAGGUUUUGGAUUUCUUCAUGGUUCAAUCUUGGUUGUAUGUGUCUAGGAAUUUAUCCAUUUCUUCUAGAUUUUCAAAUUUAUUGACUUACAGUUCCUUGUAGAAGCCACUAAUGAUUCUUUGAAUUUCUGUGGUAUUGGUUGUAAAGCCUUCUUUUUCAUCUCUGAUUUUACAUAUUUGGAUCCUCUCUCUUUUUUUCUUAGUCUAGCUAAUGUUUGUCAAUUUUGCUUAUCUUUUCAAAAAAUGAAGUUUUUAUUUCAUUGAUAUUUUGGAGAAGCCAGCCAUUUGAAGAGUAGCAGGAAAAGUGUUUCAGGCAGAAGAAAAACAACAUAGAAUCGUGGCAAGGGAAGAGUUUGUCAUGCUGAGGAACUACAUAAUGUAACUAGAGAAGCAUGAGCAAGGAGAAGUGUCAGAAUGAUGCUAAGUGUAUUUUAUGAUUGCCCCUAUAUAAUAUGUGAGAAAACAUAGAACCAUGGGAAAGGUAGUGGGGGUGAAGGGGUUAGCAGAAGUGGAGAUGGUUAAUGGGUACAAAAAUUAGAAUGAAUAAGAACUAGUAUUUUAAAGCACAACAAGAUGACUAUAGUCAAUAAUAAUUUAAUUGUACAUUUUAAAAUAACUGAAAGGGUAUAAUUAUAUUGUUUGCAGCACAAAGGAUAAAUGGUUGAGGUGAUGGACACCUUAUUUACCCUGAUGUGAUUAUUAUGUAUUGCAUUGCCUCUAUCAAAAUAUCUCAUGUACCCCACAAAUAUAUACACCUACUAUAUACCUACAAAAAUUAAAACCCAACAAAACAAAGUGAAAAAAUUGGCUGGUUUCUCAUUCUUCAGAUCUCACCUUAUAUGUGACUUCACUUAAGUCCUAGAGAGUUCUUCCUUCACUGUUCUAUCUAAAGUAGAUCACCUCAUAAACUUCGUCAUCCCUGCACACUCUUUCCCUUAUAACAUGUAUAACAAUCUUUAAUUAUUGCAUCUGUGUGUAUAAAUUUACUUCAUUAUGGAAUUGCAGACCAUUAUUCUAAGUGAAGAAACUCAGGACUAGAAAACCAAACAUCAUGUGUUCCUAGUCAUAAGUGGGAGCUAAGCUAUGAGGACUCAAAGGCGUAAGAAUGAUACAAUGGACUUUGGGGACUUGGGGUGAAGGGUGGGAGGGAGGUAAGGGAUAAAAGACCACACAUUGGGUGCAGUGUACACUGCUUGGGUGAUGGGUGCACCAAAAUUUCAGAAAUCACCAUUAAAGAACUUACUUAAGGAACCAAACACCACCUAUUCCCCAAAAACCUAUUGAAAUUAAAAAAACAAACAAACAGGAUAUAUAAUAAAAAGAACUUACGUCAUUGAGAUUGAGUGUAUAAAUGAUAAUAUAAAAACAUUUUAAUUGUAUUAUCUGCACCAAACUCUAGAUACCAAUAAUAUUUCAUAAUGUUUAAAAGUGUUCCUUAUUAGAACAGUGAUUUGAUGCUAUACCAAAAUAGCAGUAUCUCUGAAAACUUUAUGGAUUUUUAAUGUAUAAUGAUGCUUCAAAUGCUCACAUCCAUAAUUCUUGCAAUAUUUUCUUGAAAUAUGUCAAUUUUUUUAUCUUUUAUAAAUAAAUCAUGCAAAAUUUGAGUUGUGAAAGAAUGACACAUUUUUGAGAGCACCAAGUGUGUAAAUGAUUAUACAUACAGUGAAGCAUAACCUUCCCUUGUGCCCACCAGCCAAAUUGUUCAAAUUCCUUUGACGCUGGAGUUAAGUAAGAAAUGCAGUGUAGGACUGAAUUAAAUGCACUUCUGAAAUGCCAAUCACAGAAGUGCCCAUCAGCUUUGAACCCUGCCUUGAUUGAACAUUGGAUACGCGUGAGAAUGAGCUACUUGCCACUGUCAUAUGAUUUUGUUCCAUAAUCAGAAAAAUGUGAGGGCUAAAGUUCAGAUGCACAUUAAACCUACUGCAGGAAGUAGAUCAUGACCUUUCAAAGCCACGAACAAUCACUUGAAGUCCAUUUCCUCUUCAGCCACCUGGAACAUCAAAUCAAGAAGCAUCUUUGAAAGGCUCAGAUUUUGAAUUGCAAAGUGAUCCCCAAAACAUUAGCUAUUACACAUAGAGCUAGGCAAGGGGAAAUAAACCAAGCAGAGGAUUUUUACAAGAGAAAUUUGGCUUACAUCUUUUAUACAUGAGGUGAAGGAAACUUAUGUUGAAAAUCUUUUCCAGAAACCAAAUCUUUUGUGACUACAAUUCUUUCACCAGUGUAUUAAUGAUGUGUCCUGCAGUUAUCACUGGAAAUACAUAGAAUGGGAAUGCUGGUCUCUAGAGCUCAUGAAAUUGCUAGGACUGAUUCCAACUCCUUCUCUAUGUAACAGUGUGCUGGCUUUCACAGGCACAGGGCCUGCCUCUAGUACUUAUUUAAUAAUUUUCCCAUACUACAUUCCCCUAGAUGAUUUCUAGAAGAAUACAAGAGGCAGGACAUAAUUCAAGGGCUCAAUAAUUGGUUAGAGGCCUUGGAGUUUCAUCAGCUUCUAAUUCACACAGGAAAGAACAAUAUUGGCUAUUAUAUUUUGAGUACCUGCAAUGUGCUAGUUUCUAUUGCAUGUAUUAUCUCAUUCAGCCCUCUCUAUAGCACCUAUUUUUUUUUUUUUUAGUGGAUGACAAGAACUGAGACAAAUCACCAAUGGGCAUAAACUAGUAAGUGGCAGAGCAUGGAUGAAAACCCAUGUCAAACAGCCUCCAAGGCUCAUGCUCUUUCAGCUAUGCUAUAUGCUUUUUGAUUGAAGUCUAUUAAAUGUCAAUCUACUCUUCCAAUAAAUGUUAAGGUCAAUGCUCACUAGGAGGGAAGGUUGGGCCAUUGACCUCCAAAGAAUGCUCCCUAUUUUUGAAUCCAAAUUUAGCUUCUUUGAUAGUUUCCCUUCAGGGGUUCACAGCAGUGCCUGCUGACAUUUCCAGCCAAGAUACUUUAGCCCUGCUGGGACUUCUUCCAUUACUACUGAUGGUCAGGAGCUAAAGUUGGUUCCCACUGGAGGCUAUACCCUGGAGCUUUCUAUAGGAAGAACUCUCCUUAGUAGUCGUUGCUCUCAGAAGUGGUGGCUUUCAUCUAAAUUACCUUCCUGACACCCGUUGCCUUCUCUCCUAUCAAUGCAACCCCUUGGCAGCAAACAGUUUUCCUGAGGCAAAUCAUCAGCAUAGUCCAUUAUGGACUACAGUCUCAAGUAGCUUUGGCUACCCAAUAGGUGACUAUUAAUAAAGCCACAUAGUUCUUUGGAGGAAAUUACUGUAAUUCAUAUGAAAAUUUCCACUCAGUGCCAUAAUUUUGGCUGCCCCCUCAGCCUUGUUUUAAUUGCUUGAAGCCAGGAACUACUCAACCUUCUCUUAAUCUCCAAGGUGGAUUAUUCCCAAGGAGACAGAAAAAUAAAACUACUUUCUCUCUUCUGGAAGUAUUUGGAUUCAGAUUAUAUAAAGAUAAGAUGACGCAAACUCUCAGACUCUCCCUUCGUGGGGCACAGGAGCAUCUAAACAAAUCAAAAUUCACAUAGAAUCCAAGAAAUUCCUUAAUAAUUCUGAAUAGUUGCAUGAGGGAGCUGUAUUGGAAGCAAAUUCUCCAGUCAUCAGUGAAUCAUUAUCCACUACCUACCACACCCCCGAUAACACUGCAUGGAGCAGAAACAAACCUUCCCCACUGUACCCCAUCAAAACUGAAGACUUCCAAGAAAAAGGGGAAAAAAAGAUUGCUAUAAUCUUAAGCCAAUGAUUUAACAGAAAAUACUUCAACUUUUAAGGGCCUCACUUUCAUCUUAAUCCAUCUGCACCACUCAUCUGUUUUUAAACUAUUGUAUCUUAGAAAUUAUUUUUGAUGUGUUUAGAGAAUAUAUUAACAGUUCAAUAAUUAGCUUCUUGGAGAUAGGUAUCUUGUACUACAUUCGUUGAAUUUCUAGACAGAGGGCACUCUAUAAAUAUUUCUUAGUUAAUUAAACCAGAGGCUGUGUGUUCUAUAAAAUAACAUAAUUUCUUACUAUGCUAAUCCUGCAAACAUAAGAUAUGGUACAGUGCAGACAUACUAAAACCUGGGUUUAUAAGCACACUGACACUUAAGAUACUGAAGUAUUUGCUUUAUAUAAUCACCAAUUCUUCAAUCCCCUAAAGUGCUUAUUUAGUGCUCCACUGAAAUUUGAUAUUCAAAUCUUGAAAUUUAUUUAAAAAGUCAAACUACAUUAGAGUCCCAUCACUUAAUGUAGCUUUCUGAUUAAUGAGUUACAGCACACAAAUGAAGCAAGUUUGCAGUUAAUGAACUACAAAUAAAUCUAUCUGUAAAUAAUAAUUACUACUAAUGACCAAAUUAGUUAGACUUCAGGUUUGUUCUCUGCAUUUACAUUAAUUUGUUUAUUUUACCCUAAUCAGUUGAGUUUCUUCUAAAGAUAAUUGGGGAGAUACGACUUCUGGAAUGACAGUGUGAGGAGCUCAAAGCUGCUCCCAUACAAAACAGCUUUAACUGGUGAAAAUUAUUUUUAAAGACUAGCACCUAUUUAAAGUCUCUGUAAAUUUCCUAAGGGCAUACAUGAAAUGAAGACAUAUUUAUUCAAGAAAAUCUAUAUGGUCAACUAAUAUUUCUCUAGUGUGCCAAAAACACACAAUGUAAGGAAAGUUUCUUCAAUAAAUGGUGUUGGGUAGACUGGAUAUCCAGAUGCAAAAAGGAAAAAAAAAUCAAACCCUUAUCUUACACUAUAUAUAUAAAUUUAAAUAGAUCAAAGACUUAAAUGUAAUAUAUUAAGCCAUAAAACUCCUUAAAAAAACCAAACAAACAGGGAGAAGCACCUUGACAUUACCGUGGCAAUAGUUUUUUGGCUACCACACCAAAAGCACACAACAAAGCAAAAAUAAACAAGUGGGACUACAUCAAACUAAAAAGUUCUGCACAGCAAAGGAAACAACCAACAAAAUGACAAGACAGUCUCCAAAAUGGGAGAAAAUAUUUGCAAAACAUAUUGUUGCAGGACUUUUCCUUAGUUCAGCUAAAGACAGGUGUAUUAGUCAGGCUUUUGUAGAGGGACAGAACUAAUAGGAGAUAGAUAGAUAGAUACAUGUAUGUAUAUGUGUGUGUGUAUAUAUAUAUAUAUAUAAAGGGGAGUUUAAUAAGUAUUAACUCACAUGAUCACGUCCCACAAUAGGCCAUCUGUAAGCUGAGGAGCAAGAAGAGCCAGUCUGAGUCCCAAAACUGAAGGACUUAGAGUUUGAUGUUCCAGGGCAGGAAGCAUCCGGCAUGGGAAAAAGAUGUAGGCUGGGAAACUAGGCCAGUCUAGUCUUUUCACAUUUUUCCGCCUGCUUUAUAUUCUAGCUGUGCUGGCAGCUGAUUAGACGGUGCCCACCCGGAGUAAGGGUGGGUCUGCCUUUCCCAGCCCACUGACUCAAAUGUUAAUCUCCUUUGGCAACACCCUCACAGACACACCCAGGAUGAAUACUUUGCAUCAUUUAAUCCAAUCAAGUUGACACUCAGUAUUAACCAUCACAAUGGGGUUCUUGUCCAUCCCAGAGCCACAAAAAUUUAGGCUUGCAGAAGGUAACACAUGAGGGGGUUCUGUUUUCUGCAUAUCCCCUUGGCCUAAUAAGCCAAUUGUCGAUUGACAGAUAAAUUAAUUUUUAAAAACGUGGUGUGUGUAUGUGUAUGUAUACGUACAAUGAAACAUUAGGCAACCAUAGAAAAUAAGGAAGUCCUGCCAUCUGUGAGACAACAUGGAUGAACCUGGAGGAUACUAUGCUAAGUAAAAUAAGCUAAACACAGAAAUACAAGUACUGUAUAAUCUCACUUAUAUGUGAAAUCUAAAAAAUUAAACUCAGAGAAACAGAGAGUAGAAUAGUGUUGCCAGAGGCUGGGGGUGAGGAAAUGGAGAUAUUUGAUGAAAGGGUACAAACUCUUAGUUAAAAGAUGAAUGACCAUCCGCCACCACCACCCACUCCGGACACAGAACAUCCAGUCAUGGAUAAAAAUGAGCUGGUUCAGAAGGCCAAACUGGCCGAGCAGGCUGAGCGAUAUGAAGACAUGGCAGCCUGCAUGAAGUCUGUAACUGAGCAAGGAGCUGAAUUAUCCAAUGAGGAGAGGAAUCUUCUCUCAGUUGCUUAUAAAAAUGUUGUAGGAGCCCAUAGGUCAUCUUGGAGGGUCGUCUCAAGUAUUGAACAAAAGACGGAAGGUGCUGAGAAAAAACAGCAGAUGGCUCGAGAAUACAGAGAGAAAAUUGAGAUGGAGCUAAGAGAUAUCUGCAAUGAUGUACUGUCUCUUUUGGAAAAGUUCUUGAUCCCCAAUGCUUCACAAGCAGAGAGCAAAGUCUUCUAUUUGAAAAUGAAAGGAGAUUACUACCGUUACUUUCCUGAGGUUGCCGCUGGUGAUGACAAGAAAGGGAUUGUGGAUCAGUCACAACAAGCAUACCAAGAAGCUUUUGAAAUCAGCAAAAAGGAAAUGCAACCAACACAUCCUAUCAGACUGGGUCUGGCCCUUAACUUCUCUGUGUUCUAUUAUGAGAUUCUGAACUCCCCAGAGAAAGCCUGCUCUCUUGCAAAGACAGCUUCUGAUGAAGCCAUUGCUGAACUUGAUACAUUAAGUGAAGAGUCAUACAAAGACAGCACGCUAAUAAUGCAAUUACUGAGAGACAACUUGACAUUGUGGACAUUGGAUACCCAAGGAGACAAAGCUAAAGCAGGAGAAGGAGGGGAAAAUUAACCGGCCUUCCAACUUUUGUGUGCCUCAUUCUAAAAUUUACACAGUAGACCAUUUGUCAUCCAUGCUGUCCCACAAAUAGUUUUUUGUUUACGAUUUAUGACAGGUUUAUGUUACUUCUAUUUGAAUUUCUAUAUUUCCCAUGUGGUUUUUAUGUUUAAUAUUAGGGGAGUAGAGCCAGUUAACAUUUAGGGAGUUAUCUGUUUUCAUCUUGAGGUGGCCAAUAUGGGGAUGUGGAAUUUUUAUACAAGUUAUAAAUGUUUGGCAUAGUACUUUUGGUACAUUGUGGCUUCACAAGAGCCAGUGUAAAACUGCUUCCAUGUCUAAGCAAAGAAAACUGCCUACAUAUUGGUUUGUCCUGGUGGGGAAUAAAAGGGAUCAUUGGUUCCAGUCACAGAUGUAGUAAUUGUGGGUACUUUAAGGUUUGGAGCACUUACAAGGCUGUGGUAGAAUCGUACCCCAUGGAUACCACAUAUUAAACCAUGUAUAUCUGUGGAAUACUCAAUCUCAAUGUGCACACCUUUGACUACAGCUGCAGAAGUGUUCCUUUAGACAAAGUUGUGACCCAUUUUACUCUGGAUAAGGGCAGAAACGGUUCACAUUCCAUUAUUUGUAAAGUUACCUGCUGUUAGCUUUCAUUAUUUUUGCUACACUCAUUUUAUUUGUAUUUAAAUGUUUUAGGCAACCUAAGAACAAAUGUAAAAGUAAAGAUGCAGGAAAAAAUGAAUUGCUUGGUAUUCAUUACUUCAUGUAUAUCAAGCACAGCAGUAAAACAAAAACCCAUGUAUUUAACUUUUUUUUUUAGGAUUUUUGCUUUUGUGAUUUUUUUUUUUUUUUUGAUACUUGCCUAACAUGCAUGUGCUGUAAAAAUAGUUAACAGGGAAAUAACUUGAGAUGAUGGCUAGCUUUGUUUAAUGUCUUAUGAAAUUUUCAUGAACAAUCCAAGCAUAAUUGUUAAGAACAUGUGUAUUAAAUUUAUGUAAGUGGAAUAAAAGUUUUAUGAAUGGACUUUUCAACUACUUUCUCUACAGCUUUUCAUGUAAAUUAGUCUUGGUUCUGAAACUUCUCUAAAGGAAAUUACAUUUUUUGAAAUUUAUUCUUUAUUCUCUCUUGGCAGCUAAUGGGCUCUUACCAAGUUUAAACACAAAAUUUAUCAUAACAAAAAAAAUACUACUAAUAUAAUUAUUGUUUCCAUGUCCCAUGAUCCCCUCUCUUCCUCCCCACCCUGAAAAAAAUGAGUUCCUAUUUUUUCUGGGAGAGGGGGAGAUUGAUUAGAAAAAAAUGUAGUAUGUUCCAUUUAAAAUUUUGGCAUAUGGCAUUUUCUAACUUAGGAAGCCACAAUGUUCUUGGCCCAUCAUGACAUUGGGUAGCAUUAACUAUAAGUUUUGUGCUUCCAAAUCACUUUUUGGUUUUUAAGAAUUUCUUGAUACUCUUAUAGCCUGCCUUCAAUUUUGAUCCUUUAUUCUUUCUAUUCAUCAGGUGCAUAAGAUUACCUUCCUGUUUUAGCCUUCUGUCUUGUCACCAACCAUUCUUACUUGGUGGCCAUGUACUUGGAAAAAGGCCGCAUGAUCUUUCUGGCUCCACUCAGUGUCUAAGGCACCCUGCUUCCUUUGCUUGCAUCCCCACAGACUAUUUCCCUCAUCCUAUUUACUGCAGCAAAUCUCUCCUUAGUUGAUGAGAUUGUGCUUAUCUCCCUUUAAAACCCUACCUAUCCUGAUUGGUCUGUCAUUGUCUGCCUUUAAAAUCCUUCCUCUUUCUUCCUCCUCUAUUCUCUAAAUAGUGAUGGGGCUAAGUUAUACCCAAAGCUCACUUUACAAAACAUUUCCUCAGUACUUUGCAGAAAACACCAAACAAAAAUGCCAUUUUAAAAGAGGUGUAUUUUUUCUUUUAGAAUGUAAGCUCCUCAAGAGCAGGGACAACGUUUUCUGUAUGUUCUAUUGUGCCUAGUACACUGUAAAUGCUCAAUAAAUAUUGAUGAUGGGAGGCA